CUGCAAUGAAGCACCAAUGGAGAGGAUGCAUUUGUAUUCUCUUUUUUCUGACAAAAGAGUAUUGCUGCAGAGUGUAGCUUUCUAACGCCAGCACCCGCAAAUAUUUGUUUAAUUCCAUCGGUGAAGUCAUAAAAAACUUUUCCAGACAUAGCUGAACUCAAAUACAGCAGAAAACCGUUACGCGCGCACACAAUGAAGAUACUUAUGUUAAUUAUUGUAGUUUUCUUUGUUUUAACGAAUAUAUUUUCCCAAGAAGUUUAUUUUGACGACAACUGGAAAGACUUCGACGAGAAGUUGUGGAAAUUGGAGCAAUUUAAGGAAAUCCUAAAUAGAAUGACCCGGAAAUCUGGACCACGUCAAUUCUUUGGUCUUAUGGGGAAAAGAGGAACUGCAAAAACACAAAUAACACGGAAAAGGCAAAAAUUUCAGUCUUUUGUUGGACUGAUGGGAAAAAGGAGCUCGGACGAACAAGAUUCCAUUUAAAGAACAACCCCCUCAACUAAAACUGAUGGCAUCAACAUUAUCUAGUAAUUUACUUUUUAAGCAUCAAACUUUUUUUAGGUGUGAUGUGCCUAAAGUAGUAUCUAAAGCGCAAAUAAUGUCUGAAUAAAACUUGUAUCACUACAACAUAAAUGGUUAAUGUUUAAUUAAUUUCAAAUAAAUAUCCUUCGAACAUGUAAUCAUAUUGAAAUGUAGGUCAAUCAUUUGCCACUGAUCAGGAAAAAUGACACCUUUAGAAUUUGACAAAUAAUGCUGCCCUCUAGUGCACAUUGAAAUUCAUUUUAGUAUACAGUAUGUGUGUAUGUAAUGGUGCGUAGGUAUGCACUUGUUUGUAUCACUAUCAGUCACAUGAUUUCAUUGCUUAUAAUCACAGGUUUAUUAAGUGACUUUGUACAAAUACAAAUGAAAAAUAAAAUUAAAAUGCAGAGAAUACAGAUAAUACAUGGCCAAAGCAAUGUGGUGUUGACUUUCAUUUCUUGCCAAUUCUGAUCUUGGGUUAUGUCAACUUACAGAAAUACAUUUUCCAGCUCCUUGCACACACUGACUACUGAAUGUAUUUGAAACAGUAAAUCCUCCACAGGAACAGAAGUCUCAGAAUCAUUUUCUAACAUACAAAAAAGUAUUAUGUAAAUUGGCUCGGUAUAUAAAAAUAAA